CGGAUGUUCCUUGAACGCAUCACCUGUAAGGUAUCGCUGCUGCACGCAGUUUUUUUUAAUUUUAAUUUGAAAGAAAACCCACGCAGCUGAGAAACUUGUUUCCCUCCUCCAUACUGUGGGAAACCUGAACCCCGCGGUGAAGGAACUUCAAACAUCAAGUGUCUGAGUGGCCACUCGGCGUGACCGAGGUGCUUCUGACAGAAGGACGAGGAGGAUUUUCAGCACGGAAACGUCAGAACAGAAGGGUUUUACUGACUGCAGCGGAGGAGCACUUUCCAUCACUUUGUGUGCCUCCAUAAAUCUUGUGCGGAUUGCCAAAGCAAACUAUGGAGCCGCGCCGGACUGGAACAGUGAGUCUGCGUACGUGUUCGUGUUCGUGUUCGUGUUCGUGUUCGUGUGUGUGUUCGUGUGUGUGUGUGUGUGUGUGUGUGUGUGUGUGUGUGUGUGUGUGUGUGUGUGUGUGUGUGUGUGUGUGUGUGUGUGUGUGUGUGUGUGUGUGUGUGUGUGUGUGUGUGUGUGUGUGUGUGUGUGUGUGUGUGUGUGUGUGUGUGUGUGUGUGUCCCACAGGUCUCCGACCCCCCCGGGGUUGCGUGACCCUGCCAGACCCCCGCACACGCUGCUACCAUUUUAAUGAAAGAGGGGUGACAUUCAGGUGACGCAUGGCUGCUCACUCCUCCGGCCCCCCACUCAUAAACCACGUUACAAACAAGGCGCUCAUCCGGCGACCUGUCCGCUUGAACCGCCGCUGAUGUCGGAAGAGUCCAAUCUCUCGUCUGAUGAUGUGCAGUGGGCGGGACCAAGUUGAGUGACGGCUCCUGCAUUAAGCUCCUGCUCUGAUCCGUCUGGGACUCGUGACUUCUCGCUGUCAUGUGCAAGCGAUGCCUCACGCAGGGUUAACCCUCGAUGAGCCAUAAAGGACGGCAGGGAAGGAUGAGCGAGUGUUCUGGGGCAGCUGUAUCGGGAGUGGUGAUCCUGGAGGAGCCCGAGGCUGCGGCGGCCUCGGGGGCCCGCAGGGAGGGCCAGGCCCAGGAUCAAGGUCCCCUCCGCUGUGCCGUCUGGCCACGUCAGCAGACAUGGCUGUGCGUGGUCCCGUUACUCAUCGGCUUCAUUGGCCUAGGAUUGAGCUUGAUGCUGCUGAAAUGGAUUGUGGUCGGAACAGUGCGGGAUUACGUGCCAACAGACUUGGUGGAUGCUAAUCGAAUAGGCCAGGAUCCGAUCUUCCUCUCCAAGCCAAGCGGGAUUCCCAAAAGUCCCGACACUACUACUACUACUACAGCUACUCCUACAGCUGACGGCGGGAACCCCACGCCGAGAACUGUAACCGUUGCGAAGGGUAGAACUCGUUCCACCGCUACAACCACUACUAUGAACCCUAGAGGGGGUGGAGCCUCGGGAAGCCAAGUCACUCUUCGGAAUCCUGUAAAUCGUAACGGACGCGGACCUUCAGGUUUUACUACGACCACCGUGGCGCCGAGGACGACCUUCAUAAUUGGAGCGGCGACGUCGAGCCCCUCUCCGUCCAACCCGACCGUACUCCAUGACUCGACGCAGAUGUGGACCACGGAGCACACCACUGCCGAGGCGGCCUCCACGACGCUCACCGCGCGCACGCACGGCCACCGCAAAGCACCGUCUCCGACCGUCCCUCCGCUGCACUCGGAGCACUUCAAGCCCUGCCACGAGAAGGACCUGGCCUACUGCCUGAACGGCGGCGAGUGCUUCGUCAUCGAGACGCUCAGCGGGCCGCACAAGCACUGCAAGUGUCGAGAAGGCUACCAGGGAAUCCGCUGUGACCAGUUUCUGCCCAAGACCGACUCCAUCCUGUCCGACCCGAAUCACUUGGGCAUCGAGUUUAUGGAGAGCAAAGAGGUGUACAAGAGACAGGUGCUGUCAAUCACAUUCAUCGCCGUGACGAUCAGCCUCCUGGGAACCCUGUGUAUGGCCCUCUACUGCCGCAACAAGAGGCGCAGGGAGAAGCUCCAGUCCCAUCUGAAAGAGAGUCGCAGUCUGAAGAACUAUUCUGCCAACUCUCAGAAUGCCCUGGAUGCCAAGACGAGGGUCCCGAGCGCCAACCUGCAAAUGCACGAGUGCUGCAAGCGGCCCUCCCCGUCUCGCCGGGGAAGCGUGUGCGAGUCCGGCUUCGGGUCGUGUGACGUCACCACCACCAGCUCCAGAGGCACCGGCAGGCAUCACAGCCCCGAUCAGAGAACCCGGGCAGCCUAUUGGUCGGCACCGCGCAGGACCCCGCCCAUACCCAGAGGAAGGCUGAAUCCAAUUGGAGCCUCCAAGUAUUCGGGCCCCGCCUACCGACACCUCCAGGAAGUGGACUCCACCGAGAGGGACGCUGAAGCACAACGACGCUGCCAAAUGAAGGGAGAGAACCCGAGCGACGACCCUCGACGAGACGCCCUCCUACAUAUGCAAACUCCUGUUUCCAUGGAGACACAGUCGUCUUGGAGUGGUCGCCCGGCGUUGCGUUCGGGCCCGUGCCCUCCGUCAGAGCGCGGCGACCCGAAUCCGGCUAGCCGCAGCCUGCGGAGGCCCGGCCGCCGCCAAGGCUCCCUGCCACCGCCGUUCCGCUCCUGCUCGAUCCCCAUCAUCCCGUCCGUCCAGUGUCACCAUGACAACGAGGUGUCGUGCAUGCAAACCAGCGUCAUCGCAGCAAAUCCCGUCCCCUGCGGCGCCGCGCCCUGCAAGGACGAUAGGAGAGAAAGGGCGGCGUGCGCCGAUUGGUCGCCUCCGUCCUGCUCACCCGCCGGUGGCCAGCGGCAGGACGAGGUGGCGCUGCUGCUGGAGGAGGCGCAGGAGCAGCUCAGGGCGUUGGCCCACAGGAAGCAGGAAGAGGGCGCGGUCGGCAGCGGCGGCGGAGGAGGAGGAUUGGCUGCGGCGCCGGUGGAGGCCAGAGAAACUGUUUGCUUCCUGAACCUUGACGGAGGAAGUGCUGCGGCGCUGAGCUGCAACGGACCAACGCAGACCCAGUUACUCAGCCAAUCACACAGAGACCUGGGCCACCCCGGCCAAUGAGAGGACUCCAUUAGAGGACGUUCCCUUUGGGUUUGAUAAGUGUUUGACAGACUUCAUGUGUCGUUCUCAACUGUGCGACGCGAAUGGAAAUGACGAAUUGAGGAGGGAAAAAAAAGAUGAUUUUGAAAAUGUGCUGAUGAUUUACUGUAUGGAUACAAACACUUCACGCCGACUGAAGACAAAAAAACA